CGCCCAGAAGGAGACACCAACCAAUCAGAGGCUGGGCACCGCGCAUGCGCUUUAAUUAAUGACUGUGAAUUCAAACAGUGAAUUGUUAUGUCUGCUGUACGUCUCUUCUUCGCAUGAGCGCCCAGCCGUCUGAACUACAGCACUGGUCAACACCACUGGGGUCCCGUGUCUAAAGGCUGCUGGUGUUUUUGUUGUAGCAAAGUGCAUGGAGGCUUCAUGCUGAGCACUUGAUCGGUGACACGGGAGGUGGGGAGGGCCCUCGGGGCGAGCACACCCCUACCGCCUGUGUCAGUACUUCAGAACAGAGGCCAGUAUUUAGUCAUUCUGCAUGAACGCUGCACACACACACACACACACACUCACACACUUGUCCGCUCCAACUUGAGGACUAUAGGAAGACGUUUCCUGCGGAUCCGAGGACCAAGAUUUGUGUUUUUUUUUACUCUUUGUACAAACUGUGCGUCGCGACCACGGGAUACUUUUACGCACAGUUCUCUGACGCUCACAAGGACAAUGCCUCGAUCUUUCUUGGUCAAAAAGUACUUCGCGAAACAAAAGCCAAACUACAGUGAACUGGUAUGUCACAAUGACACGUCACUGGAGAGGUAUCCCCUCGCUGAGCUCCCCUCAGGGGACAACACCUGCUUCACCACAGGUCUGGUUUGGGACCUGAGCGUGCUGCCCGCCCUCUACCUGCCCAUCUCCCAAACAGAGCCUUCUGCCACCCCGGGGCCCCUGGACCUCAGCUCCCCCUCCAGCCUCAGCAGCAGUGCCAGCAGCUGUGGAGAGGAGGAUGAAGGUCGCACAUCAGACCCUCCAAGUCCAGAACCGGUCCACACAUAUGCCCCCCGCCAGCGGAUGAAAUGCACCGGUGUCAUGCCUCAUAUCAGCCCCCCUGAGGAAGAGGAGGAGGAGGAGAGGAAGGCCCCCGCCACAGCAGCCCGGCCGGCCUUCCUCUGCAAACACUGCCCCAAGGAGUACACCAGCCUCGGGGCCCUGAAGAUGCACAUCCGCUCACACACACUCCCCUGUGUGUGCACCACCUGUGGAAAGGCUUUCUCCAGGCCGUGGCUGCUGCGCGGCCACAUCCGCACACACACAGGUGAGCGUCCGUUCUCCUGCACCCACUGCAACCGGGCCUUCGCCGACCGCUCCAACCUGCGAGCUCACCUGCAGACUCACGCUGAGGUGAAGAAGUACCAAUGUGGCGUCUGCUCUCGCACCUUCAGCCGCAUGUCGCUGCUGCAGAAGCACAGCUCCUCCGGUUGCUGCUCCUCCGCCGUGUGACCGCCACAGAGAGAGAGACAAGAGGGGGACAGUCAGAGCUCAGGGGGUUCGAGGGCCACGGAGAGGGUGUCCACACAAGCUGGCCUGAUGACGACCUGCGAGGCCACAAAGAGCAUGAAGUGACUUCAUUUUAAAGACCUGGAGGGAAUUAAGCCUCAUUAAAGAUCUGACUUUGCAAGCCAAAAUGACUUUUUAAAACAUCUGAAGAGCAGAUUUUUUCCUUCCAAUCUAGACUCAGGUUUUUAUGGCCGGACCAAAUUUGAAACCGAGCAAAGCCGACACUCACUUGAUAUCAGCCCCCUUUGUUGCUUUUCUGCCCGUUUCCUAAAGACCAAAUAUGUAGUGAACUCAUCGGGGUAAGAGGUGCUCUUUCCUGUCUCCGUCCUGGUGCCGGCCAGCUCAGGAUCAUAGCCUAGACACAGCUGCUGAGAGUUGGGGUGCGUGGGUGGAAUAAAUCUCUCAGCGUGCCUCAAAACACACACACACACACACACACAUGCAAACAGUCACACACACAAAAAGCAAAUGCACACACAGCUGUCCCUGGUACUGUGGUGUAGAUAGACGAGGUGCUAACAGGUGCUACAGCCAUGACCUUCGGCGGCUGAUAGCAGGUGACUUCCACUGCCCUUGGUUUGCUUAAGAAAAAAAAGAGGAAGCAUGUCAUCACAAAAGAAUGGCAUCAGUUAAGUCCUUAUUUUUCCGCCGGUGAGGAUCACUUUAAGCCUCUAUUUUGUCUACAUCCAAACCUUCUCUUUUAUCUGAUGAUUUUCACAGAUAGGAAAAGCCAUGCUGUCUGUUAUUUUCCAAAGAAGCUUCACUUUGCAAGCGCCGCUGCAACGCGGAAGACAAUGCAAGCCAUGCACUCAAGGUUACCACAGUGUUAAUAAUACAAGCCAAAAGCCAUAUUUUGUAACUUAAAUGAAUUUGUGCCUUGAAAUUGUGUUACUUUGAAACCAAAAAUGUGCCUUUUUUUACCUCAGUUAGUAUUUGUCGAUAUAAAAUUGAAUGCAGUAUUAGUAGAAAUUAGCGCCAAAACAGUUUGAAAAUGCAAGAAGGCUGGGACCAAAGAUUUUAAGGUUUACACCAUGGAGACAUGGUAGACUAAUAUGUGAUCAGAAGCCUGUCGGUGCAGUACAAAGCUGAAUUUUUAAACUUUCCUAAACCUUUUUAUGGCAGUGUUUUAUAGUGCAAUGUGCAGAUGACUUUGUUAUUUCAAUUUUUGUACCAUGCUUGUGUGUUCACUCCUAUUUCUUGUAUGUUGUAACUGAUGAAUUUUCAUUCAAUAAAGUAAUUUAUGUUUAUUAAAA